AUGAAUAACAGACCUGUUGAACAAGCAUUGGGUACCCUACUGCCGACCCACGCCGAUGACCUGCCUCAAGAGCUCCGCAGUUUGGCCUUAUCUCUUGUCGCGCAAUCUCGCAGCUUUUCUACUAGCCUAAGGCCCGAGGAAGAAAUCGCACGCCCUUAUGCUUGCGCCGAGAUCGCUUGCCGCCGGUUAGCUCGGGCCCUUAAACUCCCCCCUUUGAUGGGGCAUCCGCCAUGUCCUCCGCGUGCUUACAAGAAGCUCUAUGCAUUCCUUGAUCGCUCCCUUUCGAAUAGUGUAGCUGGAGUAAAGCGUGCAGGAAGCAGCUCUACCUCAGAAACCCCUUCACGCACCGGAUCCGCUUCGUCGACCCCUACGAAAAAUUCGAAGCAUACUCGGACACCUUUGAAGACAGCAGGAACGCCGCGUAAACUCCAAAACACUACGGGCAAACCCACGCCAUUAAAGAAUUCAAUCACACAACAAGGAAGCGAAUCGCGCUCCCAGACGCCCCAAAAGCCCAAAGUUCGCUCUGAUGGCCUUCCUGGCUCUACAAUUAUUCCCGAUGCACCUGCCUGGGUGAUGACAUCUAUUCGGAGCGUGUGUAAAACGUUAUCUACACCAGCUCCACGAACGAGUACAUGGUCCCGGCCUCCCAUUUCGAGAACCCUACCACCUCAUAUUUUUGCGGGUGUAUCAUCCAUCCUAUAUUUCAUUUCACGGGCUUCCGCCCAGGAUGAGGAUGAUUUCGACGAAGAAACCCUAGAGUUCGUGGAGCCUAUCCUGAUUGUGAAGGAUAAAGAGAACGAUGAAGAUUAUAAAGAGGUUGUCAAUGCUCUAGUGGUAGCCGUGUAUUUUUUGGCUCUCGCCCGCAGACGAAGCUCCUUAUCCGAAGAGGAAGGGGAAACUAAGAAGCUCGACAAGAAGACCUUUUCUGAGAUGCGCCAGACUGCAUUAGUGAGCAUUGGUCUCCCUUCUACUGAGAGACGACAUCGUGAGGAUGUCGACCAGUGGAUCGCAGUGAUAAUGCAACAACGCUGGGCCAAUGGAAAGGAAUGGUUUGAAAACAUCCCGCAGGCUGGAGAACUGGACGGGGACGAUGCAUAUCUUUCGGAUGAGGACGGCUACGGCGAGGAUGAAGAACGGGCUAAAGGCACCAAACGGCAAAAGACAACGAAAUCGGGUCGCUCGCUGGCCAAACACUCCUCAAGAAAGGGCCUUCUACCGGGUCUUGGGACCAUGAUGCAGGAUCGUGUUGAUUGGUUAAGCGACGAUCGCAAGGAAGACUAUAUUGAGUGGAAGGCAACAGUCCUGGCACGAAUUGAGCAGGUUCAAAAGACUGCAGCGCAGCAUUUCGGCCCCUUGCCUGUCUGA